UGUCAGUACUGAUGGAGCGCUGUGCGUUUGUUCGCAAUUGAUAAACAAAUAAGCUCCAUGCUUGACAGAUAAUAACAAAAACACAUAGGGUUUGUUUGAGACAAUGAGUGUUGUAGUCAUAUUUCUCCCCACAUUUUUGUAUGGAAGUGAUUCAGGACUACUUCAUGGUCAUUAUGUGCAGCAGAACACAGUAAAGGUUUUUUAUGUUACUCAUUUGACUAAAACUUGUCAUUCGGUGUCCAAGACGCCGAAACGGAAAAGAUGUAUUGGCUACUACGCAAGAACUAAUGAGAAUGAAUUUACGACACUUCCAAACGAAAAAGGAAAUUGGCUGAUGUUAAACUUCCAAGAUCAUUCGGUUAUUCUGACAAAAUUAAUAAUAAGUGGGAACCCCGUCACAUUGAUGAAGGGGUGCCGUGUGAUAUGUGUGUUUUAUGAUUAUCAUAAAUUUUUUGCUUCAGAAAUCCUUUGUGAAGGGCUUGAGAGCACUACUGGCUUCAGUUCGGAUUACUGCAGAUUUUUAUCGAAUUUCUUGAAGUUAGAUUCUGGAGCAAAUGCCCCUGAAAGCACCAAAUGUUUGGAUUUUUUUGUCAGAGUAGCACAGAGAGCACGGCAAUAUUUGCUAGCUGUGGCCGCUUUUGUGACACCAGUCGUGAGACACACAUCAACAGGUUUACACUUGUGUGACAUCCUUAAUUCAGCUGCAUGGCUUUUUGGCCAUGUGGCGCAUUUCAAGAAACCGACACUUAAAAUGGGCAACUUCUUGUUGGCUCUCUUGAUAGAUGUCUUCUGUGGCCUUAUGUUAGUUCGUCUCAUUGUAGAACCGCUUACAGUGAACACACCAUUUUCGAAAAUGCUUCUUGAUAUGGCUGAGGUCGUUGUCACCACACUCAGAGACUUGUUGCAUUGGCUGAUGGGUGUACCAGCCGGUUUGAAGCUGAACUAUGCAUUAAACAAUAUGCUAGGAAAAUUUUUCCUAUAUCACAUAAAUCUUUGGUGGAUGUUUCUUGUUCUUUGUAAACCUUGUUUGGACUUGGCUGUUCAUAUGUUGACAUGGCUUGGAUGUUUAGGACUUACAUUCCAAAUAUGCCUACUGGCUGAUCUGCUAGAUCUUGUCAGUUUUCAUGUAUACUGCAUAUAUGUUUAUGCUGCAAGGCUCUACAGUGUGCAACUGUCAGGUCUUGUUGCUUUGUGGCGGCUUUUCCUUGGCCGCAAGUGGAAUCCGUUGCGAGAGCGUGUUGAUUCCUGCAAAUAUUCGAAUGAUCAACUUUUUGUUGGAACUCUGGCAUUCACCAUUUUGCUCUUCCUUCUCCCAACAACGCUGAUGUACUAUGUUGUCUUCACAACGUUGCGUUUACUGGUGUUGAUAUUUAGAGGAGUCCUAGCUCAGUUCACUUGGUUACUGCGAGCAUUUCCAGCAUAUUCCACAAUUCUCUGGAUGUCAAGAGCAACUACAGUCACAAGCUCCGUGCAGGUUUCAGUAUGUACAGAAAUAUCUGGAAAUGGUCCUCUCUAUCUUGCUGUUGAACCAGUAAUAGGUUCUUGGUGGUCAACAGUAGUUCGCGGUGUUCCUGAUUCACUGCAACGUCCACCACCUGUGCAGUGGAGUCAGCUACUCAAACACUUAUGCACUGGAAGAUUGAUAUAUCCUGUUUAUAUUUUCUGAAACAGAUACUAUGUAUCUGUUAUUAAUGACUGUGAAAGUGAUGAUCCUGAUUACAAAGACAGUACCCAUUGUCUAAUUUUGGAGAGAAGAUAAGAGCUACACAGAACUGAGAAAAAAGGAACUACUGCCCACAUAUGCAGCUCUUUAGCAAUCAUUACAGACUAAGGAAAGGCCAUGAAGAGACUGACUGCCAGUGCAUUUUAAUAAUCCUUUCCAUCACCAUGGGCUGGCACAAAAGAAAUUGUACAGCUGGUGCCGACAGCUGAAGAAUAUGCUGAUUACUUCAUUACUUCUUGUGGCAUGCAAUCCUAUGAAGUUCCGAGUAUGAACUGCACAUGGAGAAAAAGCUGCCAUGGAUAAUGUCUCUAACUUUUUCUUGCACACUUUUCAUUUGCCCUGCCAUAUUUGAUCCAUUAUCAAAUCACUGACUACAACAGGG